AUGUCGAUUCAACGAACAAAUAGUCAGUCACGUGUACAAAAUAGACAUAGUGAUAAUGCUAGAACACAUGAAUCUGAUGAAUCUACUUUCAAAAAUAAUAAACCGACUCCAACAAUGUCAUCAAAUACACAAAUACGUACAAGUAAUGAAAUUCUUCUUAAAAAAUCACAAAAACUGUUACAAUCAUCAAAGCAAAAACGGCAAGUUGCACACGAGAAACUGAAGCUGAUGCGCCAUAUAUUUACUAACAUCAUGCCCGUCGACCGUUUAACUGAUGCAUUAUUAGCACUUGGACAUGACACCCGGAAAGAUAUUAACUAUCAAGAUUUUCUAAUCGAACACGAAUUGAUUGAAUCAAGUGGUACAUUGGUUGGGUUAUUAGAUUUUGAACAUUAUGCAUUACUUGUGCUUGAAUAUGAAGAAAAAUUACACAUAGAAGAAGAAGCACUUCGACGACUUGAUCUUAAAAUUGCUUUUGAAUGUUUUGAUUUAAAUAAAGAUGGGAUGAUUGAUGCAAAUGAACUAUCUGCUGUUAUGAAUAUUUUGGGAUUUCCCGUCACUGAUCAAGAAGCAAAGGAAAUGAUUGACUUCGCUGAUCAUGAUAAAGACUCUUUAUUAUCUUUUGAUGAAUUUCUCGUUGUUCUUACACAAAUCUCUACAAUUGAUGUACCAUAA